UAUGCCUUCAUUGGGGAUAGCCUCUCUGAUAGAAGUAGGAAUUCCACUGAGUAACACAGAAGAGGCAUUUAAUUUGGAGCUGCAGAGUUCUCAGACUGUGAGUGGGAAGGAGUUUGUCCGUAGUACUGUCUCACUGCUGGCUUUGCAGCUGCUGUGGGCUCCAGCAUAAAUCAUUCUAGGGCUGCCCUCAGUCGACAGCACAGGUCAGGCGGGAGCCCUGGCUUGCUGUGCUCCCAGCAGGGCAAGAGGAGGAGCAUUACUCCAGCCUCACUGCCAGCAGAAGGAAAGCUUCAUUUGGCCAGUGCAGAAGGUCAGGGAAAGUUACAAGGAAACAGAGCAGGGAUAAUCUGAAGGAUAUCCCAGUGCAGCUGUUGGCUGCUGCAGAAGGAGGAAGCCUGCAGCCUCUGUAGCUGGGAUUUGAUGCAGAUAAAGACACAUCUGCAUCAGGAGACUACUGUCAGAGAGAGGCAGAAGUUGCUCUUCAGAGAUUUUCUCACUCAUUUCCACAACCACUGUGCAACAUUAAAGUCUCCUCUGGCUGAAAAUUGUUUCCUGGAGUCUUACUGGAAAGCAGAAGCACAGAGAGUUUGUUCAUAUUUCUGUUAGCAACAGGAAAUUUGUCAUUUUAAUCCUGAGUAUUAUUUACAGAUUAGUAAUUCCAGUAUUAGACAAUAUUAUUCCUGCUAGUGAAAGAGAAAAACAAUGGAUGCAUUCAUAACACCUGAAAAUGAGUCGCUGCUGUUCAAUUCCUCUGGUCCUGCGGCGUGGGAUCCCUUCCAUCGUCCCUUGGACACCAUCCAGCCCUGGCACUUCAGGCUUCUGGCAGCAGUAAUGGUGGUGGUGACUUCCCUGUCACUUGCUGAGAACCUGGCUGUAAUCCUGGUAACUUUCAAGUUCAAGCAGUUGCGACAGCCUGUCAAUUACGUGAUCGUCAACCUGUCUGUGGCUGAUUUCCUGGUCUCGCUGACGGGUGGCACCGUCAGCUUUUUAACCAACCUGAAAGGUUAUUUUUAUAUGGGACACUGGGCUUGUGUGCUGGAAGGAUUUGCUGUCACAUUUUUUGGCAUCGUUGCUCUCUGGUCCCUCGCUCUGUUGGCCUUUGAGCGGUACAUCGUGGUCUGCCGCCCGCUGAGAAAAACACGCUUGAAGGGGAAGCACUCAGCCCUAGGUAUUGCCUUUGUGUGGGCCUUUUCCUUCCUUUGGACCAUCCCACCAACAAUGGGCUGGAGCAGUUACACCACCAGUAAGAUUGGAACUACUUGUGAGCCGAACUGGUACUCAGGAGCUUACACUGACCAGACUUACAUUGUCACCUUCUUCACCAGCUGUUUCGUAGUGCCUUUGCUGGUGAUACUGGUGUCCUAUGGGAAACUGACACAGAAGCUGAGACAGGUGUCAGAUACACAAGGCAGGCUGGGAAGUGGCAGGAAGCCUGAAAGACAAGUAACUGCAAUGGUGGUGGUUAUGAUCAUUGCCUUCCUAAUCUGCUGGACGCCGUACGCUGCCUUUUCCAUCCUAGUCACCGCACGCCCCUCCAUUGAACUGGAUCCUUGUCUGGCAGCAGUGCCAGCCUUCUUUUCCAAAACAGCUACUAUUUAUAAUCCAAUUAUCUAUGUCUUUAUGAACAAACAGUUCAGGAAGUGUCUGAUUCAGAUGUUCACCUGCCGUGCCAUGCAAAGUGCAGAGUCCAACAGGAACCCAACUUUACAGAGAGCAGUGCUCACCCAGGACAAAAAAGGCAGAGAGAUGUCCACUAUGGCAGUGCGUAGCACUGUUUCUAAGAGGAAAACCAGAGAUGAACACAGAAAUUGCAAAUCUUCUCCUCAGUUGGCAGCUUCAGGAAACAAAACCUGUCCUGCACAGGAUGGGAGAUGCAAUCAUUAAUACAGUGCUACAGCAUCUUUCCCUACUGCCAUCACUUAAUACCAAAAAAAUGUUGUUAGUGGGGACAUUAUGCUCCUGUGGGCACCAGCUUUGGAGAUUGCAGGCUCCUGAGUGCAUGUAAGAGUUUCUUGGCUCUGCAGUUGCAAUCAAAACACCCAGCCAUAAGCUGGAAUAAAAGUCAAUGUCGUUCAGGACAAAUACUAAUGAACUCUGGAGGAGGAGGAAAAAAGCACAUGUACAAAAAUAGCUCUGAAGCCAGUAUGGUGGUACAGAGAGUGAGAUGCUGCUCCACUGCAGAGCUGUGACCAUACCCAAUGAGCAAAAUGAAUCACAGAAUCACAGAACAUAACCUGGUUGGAAGACACCUCCAAGAUCAUCAAAUCCAACCCUCACGGAACAUAACCUGGUUGGAAGACACCUCCAAGAUCAUCAAAUUCAACCCUCAUAGAAUAUACCUGGAUGGAAAACACCUCCAAGAUCAUCCAAUCUGACUUCUGACCCUCACAGAACAUACCUGGUUGGAAGACACCUCCAAAGACAUCCAAUCAGAUUUCUGACCCUCACAGAACAUAACCUGGUUGGAGGACACCUCCAAGAUCAUCCAAUCCAACCCUCACAGAACAUACCUGGUUGGAAGACACCUCCAAGAUCAUCCAAUCCAACUUCUGACCCUCACAGAACAUACCUGGUUAGAAGACACCUCCAAAAUCAUCCACUCUGACAUCUGACCCUCACAGAAUAUAACCUGUUCAGAAGACACUCCCAAGAUCAUCCAAUCUGAGUUUUGACCUAGCACUGAAGGGGUAACACUAAACCGUGUCCCUAAGAGCCAGGUCCACAUGCCACUUGAUCAUCUCCAGGGAUCAUCUGAAGGACUAGGGGUCAAUGUGCUGGAAAGCAGCUCCAUGGAGAAAGACCUUGGAGUUCUAGUGGGCAGCAAGUUCACCAUGGAGCAGCAAUGUGUCCUUGUGGCCAAGACAGCCAAUGGCAUCCUUGGGUGCACUAAGAAAAGUGUGUCCAGCAGGCCUAGGGAGGCUCACUUUCCCCUCUACUCUGCCCUGGUGAGACUACACCUGCAAUACCGUGCCUAGUUUUGGGCUCCCCAAUUCAAGAGAAACAGGAUUCUGCUGGAAAGAGUCCAUCAGAGACCUACAAGGAUGACUGGGGGAGUUGGACUAGAUGAUCUUGGAGGUCUCUUCCAACCUGGUUGAUUCUAUGAUUCUUAUGAAGAAAGACAGAGAGCCCUGAGACUAGUCUUGAGAAGGCUGAGAGGGGAUCAAUGUCUAUAAAUAUGUGAGGGUGGGUAUCAAGAUGAAGGUGGCAGGCUCUUUUCAGCAGUGUCUAGUGAUAGGGCAAGUUAGAAUCAGGUACAAGCUGGAACAUAGGAGGUUCCACCUCAACAUGAGGAUGUCAUAAAUAACAGGCAUAAACUGGCGUUCAUGCAAGUUAAGGCUUUAAUAGAGUUGCAGGAAUAAAGCAGUGUACAGGCCUGGGUACAAGAGGAGACUCUGCUCUACCCUAACGCACACCCUUUGCCUUCAGUUUUCUCUCUUUAUACCCUAUUCUAUUACAUAUUCAUUACUAAGUUCUAAGAAAAGAUUGGGUUUUCUUUAUCAGUUUUUAUGAAUGUGAGAUGUCUCUUCCACACAGGUCCCCUUUUAUCCAGUGGUCCCUCUGGUAGUCUUUGAUGAAGCAAGGGGUCUUGCUUAAGUGUCUUCCUCAUGAACUUCCAAGUCCUUGUUCUUCUGUUUGCUCAUACAGGAAAGGUGGCACCAGGAGGAAUGCAUUUCCAUUCAAAUAUGCAAAAGACUAUCUCUUCCACAUGCCUCCCUCCUUCACCAAUCUUAUUACUCUUAUCUUAAGCCUACUGCAUACCUUUGCGAUGGUGGUGCAAGCAGGAAUGCAGUUUUGUUCAACCCCCCCCUUCCUCCUUGUCUGUGACCUCUUGCCACGAAUUGAUCGGAUCAAACGUAUGGUUCUAUAGAUUUCUCACAAGGAGACACUUCUUUAUGGUGAGGGUGACAGAGUACUGGAGCAGGCUGCCCAGAGAGGUUGUGGAGCCAGUCUCCUUCUCUGGAGACUUUCAAAACCUGCCUGGAUGCACUCCUGUGGGAGCUGUCCUAGAUGAUUCUGCUUCAGCAGGGAGGUUGGACUUGAUCUUCAAAGGUCCCUUCCGACCCCUAGCAUUCUGUGCUCUCUCUUACCUAUGGGAAUAGUGCUGCUUAAGUUCUGUCUCUGCCUGCACCAUAAAUAUCACACACAGUUUCCUGUCGGGUAAAGAGUCAGUGUUUGUAGUUGAGCUCUAGCUACAACUCAGUGCUGGCUGCUAUGCCAUGUUGGAAUCACUAAGACUGGAUUCCUCUGUUCCUGCACAGACUGUCUGCAGCCCUGUGUCAUGGAGGGCCCAUAGGCCCAAUUUAGGCUUGUACAUGCUUUACCUUGCCUGGGCAUGUUUUUCUGCCCACACCAGAGGUAAACACACUAAAGAGACACAAAGGAACACAAAAGGGGCACAGCAGAGCUGGCGCCAUGAAGUCUGGCCUGCUCAGGGCCCGGGUUGUGUAACGCAGUUGUGUAAGCCCACGUGCCUAGCUUAUGGCCCACCAGGUACAAGGCCCAUGCUAUUACCAUAUUUGGGAGGGCCAGGCCUGUGGCCCUUGCCUGUUAUGGUGUGCUUUGGUUAACUGCCGAGCUGGUUGGUCAUUCUGGUGGCCAAGGGGCCAUUAAUCUUGGGCCACAUCUGAUAAAUAGGAGGUACACAGGUAAACAAAGUGCGUGCUUGCUUGCCUGCUUGCUUGCUUUUGCUUCACUGCUUGCUGCUAUUCUCCACAGAGCUCAGUCUCCCGUGCAGCCAUGUGUCCUGGAGUCCUGUACCCCUAAAUUCCUCUCCUGCCUGGACUUCUGGGGGAAAGGGGAAAAGCCACCUGGUUUCCCCCCCCCCCACCUCGCCUGCCCUGCAGCCGUGAAGGGGGCGGGGACACUGCCCCGUGAGUUCCCACGCUGGAGCCAGGCUGGGAUUGGCCGUGCGCUUUCGUGCCUAAGGUGUGGUAACUCUGCCCUUUGUCUAGCCAAGGUUAUAAAUAUUUGGGGUCUUCCCGCCUUUGGGAUUCCCGCUUUGGAGUUUGCCCGUGCCUGGACGUACGUGUCUGCCUGAGCUCACACACUCCCCUGUGCCUGGACUGCAGAGAGACCUUCAGGAAUUUGCUUUCCUAUUGACACCUUUGUGUGCCUAACGACCCUUAACGACCUUUAGCGAUUCCCCUGCAGCCGCUGGAAAGAAGAGGAAGACAGACCGCAGGAGUCAGCCUGAGUGAGUUAUUUGGCUUACCUUAAUUUAGUAAGAAACCACUAUUAAUUAAUAGCCAACGCCUUUUCCAACUUCUGACUUCCAAUAUAGUCAGAUUAUUGAUGGUAUCCGUGUAGAUUAAUUCUCAUGCAACUGAAUCUGCUUAUCAAACUAAAUUAAUCUUUGUAUAUAUAGUUGUGGGGUCGGGUUUUUGGGAAAAUAAAAAAUAACUGUUUUUGAUAAAUUCCCGACUCGGCCACGUAUCAAUUCCUGCCCUCCGCAACACCAUGCACCCUAUUGCAUGCCUGCUCCCUUAUCACUGCCUGGUAAACUCCACUGCUGUGAGUUGCCAGCAGUGUACCCUGGGUUGUCUGCACACGAUCGGCCUGUGUGGUCAGCGCGACAUCCUGCCUCUGCACCUGAAGGUCCUGCUUAGAAUCCCUGCACAGAGAGCCCAGAAGAAGCCAGGAGAACAAGGUCAGAGAUUGUCUGUAUGUCUGCAUCCUUUCCCCUGCAGCCAGGAGAAUCCCAGCCUCGCCGUCCACGGGCAGAGUUCCCUGAAGAUUGGACACUGGUAUAGGCUGUGACUGAUAAUUAAUAAGAAUUUGUGAGUAAGUGCUUUAAUGCCUCUGUUAUUUCUAUUGCCUCCUGCUAUUGCAGAAAGAGCUUCAGCCCACCUAGUGGACAAGCAGCAUAUUGAUCCGAAGCGGCAUUUGGCCACGGGGAAAUUCCUCUCUCUAUAGUUUGAAUGUUUGCUAGUUAUUAACAAGUUACUGUUUGAUGUUAUUCCUAGAAUGUCUUCCAUAACUGUGUUAAAGAACAGCUAUUAAUAUUAAAAUUCAGUGGUUGGGGGUAGC